AUCCCCUCCCUCCUCUCUCUCAGUCCGGGACGCUCUUUUGGCAAGUAGAGCAUGACUUUCUCCAUCUGCCACUGAUCAGAGACCUGUGAGGGCAAGACCACCUCUGUGGAGCAUUCCAGAGCUACCACAGCAGCCUCUGACUCCAGAUCAGGAUUGAAAAGUGCGUGUGUGUUUGAGGGCCAGGCGGGGUGAGAAGCGGGUGAGAGGGAGGAAUAGAAAGAGAGAGAACGCUCUAGACUUAGUGGCAGUAUGGAAAUGGAGAGGCUGGGGAGAGGAGGAACCAAAGCGAGCGCGGGCCCCAACACUCUCCUGAAAGCUGCACUGGCUGUGUGUGUGUGUGUCUGCAUCGCACUGCUGAUCGCCGUCAUCACGGUAUCCCAAAAAGCAAGCAAUGAAGACCUCUGUCUCGGCCCACACUGUAUUGAAGCAGCCGGAUCUAUCCUGAGUAAGAUGGAUCAGUCAGUGGACCCGUGCGAUGACUUCUACCAGUACGCAUGCGGAGGCUGGCUUAGGGAAAACCCCAUUCCCGAAGACUCAUCAAGCUAUGGGAUUUACCCAUGGCUCAGACAGAACGUAGACCUCAAGCUGAAAGAGUUAUUAGAGCAGCCUGUGAGAAGUGGAGAUAUUGAGGCGGUGAAGAAGGCCAAAGUCCUGUACGCAUCCUGCAUGAAUGAAUCUGCGCUGGAGGUUGAGGAUGCCAAUCCUCUGUUAAAGAAUCUGAAGCAGAAGGAAUUCCGCUGGCCAGUUUUGGGUGAUGCCCUGGGCUCUACCUCACGCUGGGUGGAGUCUCAGUUUAACCUGCUGGAGACAUUGGCACAGAUUCGCAGUCAGCACAGCAAGUCUGUUCUCAUCCGGCUUUUUGUCGCUCCUGAUGACAAGAAUUCUAACCAGUACAUCAUCAAGCUGGACCAAGCCUCUUUGUCCCUGUCAUCCAGAGAAGAUUACAUCACCAAUACAACAGAGGCACAAAUGUACCGAGAGGCUCUUUUAAGGCUGAUGGUUGACGUCUCUGUCAUGCUUGGAGCCAGUGAGCAGGCUGCCGAGGCUCAGAUGAAACCAGUACUUGAUUUUGAGAUGAAACUCGCACAGAUUGUGAUCCCUUAUGAGAACCGCACCAGUGAGAACAUGUACAACAAGUACAGCUUGUCUAAACUGCAGCGCACUGUUCCAGAUUUUAACUGGCUGGGUUUCGUCAAAGCAGUGAUUGACACAGAGUUGUACCCGGAUCUGAAAAUCUCCUCUUCAGAGCAGGUGAUCGUACGUGCUCCACAGUACUUUAAAGACCUCUUCAAACUCAUCAACGCCACAGACACCAGGACAGUUGCCAAUUACGUCAUAUGGAGAUCGGUUUUCUCCCGAAUCACCACUUUGAGUAGACGAUUUCUCUACAGAUACCUGGACUUUGCUCGGGUUACUACAGGGACCACCUCUCUGACCCCUCGCUGGGACAAGUGUGUCAAUUAUGUUGAAAACACACUCAUCUAUGCCGCUGGUAGGCUCUUUGUUGAUAAGCAUUUCCAGGAGGACAAGAAACACAUGAUGGAGGAAUUGAUCAAUGGCAUCCGGUGGGCAUUUAUUGACAUACUAGAAAAGGAGAACGAAUGGAUGGAUGAAGAAACCAAGAGAAAAGCGAUAGAUAAGGCUCAUGCAGUUCUACCAAAAGUGGGUUACCCAGACUUCAUUUUAAACGACACCUAUAUUAACGAGGACAUCAAACGGUUGGCGUUCACUAUGACUGACUACUUUGGAAACGUCAUGCAGACUCUGAAGUUCAUCGCUCAGUCUGAUAUCGGCUGGCUGAGGAAAACAGUCCCACGCACAGAGUGGUUCACCAACCCGACUACAGUCAACGCUUUCUACAGCUCCUCCACCAACCAGAUCAGAUUCCCUGCAGGAGAACUUCAGAAGCCUUUUUUCUGGGGACUCGACUAUCCUCGAUCCUUGAGCUAUGGAGCGAUUGGUGUAAUUGUGGGCCACGAAUUGACCCAUGGCUUUGAUAACAAUGGCAGGAAAUAUGACAAAGAUGGAAACCUGGACCAGUGGUGGAGCAACUCCUCAAUCAACCGCUUCACUGAAAAGACACAGUGCAUGAUUGACCAAUACAACAGUUACUUCUGGAAGGAGGCCGGGUUAAAUGUCAAGGGGAAGAGGACUCUGGCGGAGAACAUAGCUGACAAUGGAGGGAUCAGAGAAUCUUUUAGGGCCUACAGGAGAUGGGUUGAGAAAGAGAGAGGAGGCGUCGAGGAGCCUCUCCUGCCUGGUGUGGGUCUGACCCAUAACCAGCUGUUCUUCCUCAGUUAUGCUCAUGUUCGCUGUAAUUCCUACAGACCAGAAGCGGCUCGUGAUCAGAUCCAGAGUGGAGCUCACAGCCCUCCUAAAUAUAGGGUUGUUGGAGCGAUGAGCAACUUUGAAGAGUUUCGUAAAGCUUUUAACUGCCCUGAGACGUCAAUCAUGAAUAGGGGGGCGGAGUCCUGUCGAGUGUGGUAAUGUGAAGACUUCGAUCACAGCACAACCCAAACCUCCUGAUUUUGUCCCAUUCACUGGUUUCUUUAAAGAAGCAGUGGUUCCUAACACUGAACCCUGAGGGCCGUGAUGACCAAUGAAUGCCUGGCCCUUAGCUGUCAGCCACUGGAAAACUGUAGAAAAUACAUGCAGUGCCUACAACACCUGAAAGCUUUCAGCCACAUCUGCAGUUUUGUUUUUACUGUCUGACCUCAAUUAAAAUGUACAAAUAGCAACACGCGGACCACAAAAAUUCCCUCAAGGCCUUCCUUUGGUUCAUCACUGCUUUUUUAUUCAUACAAAUUAGGCCGCACUGUCGCUUUAAGAGUGCUAUAAAUUAUUAUUGUUGUUGUUGAUGUUGGUUAAAGUUGGUAAUUGUCUGUCUUUUUAUUGUAUUGAAAACGUGAGUAAAUAAUGAUUGUUUUUCUGA